AUGAUUUCUUGUGUCAUCAUUUUGAUUACAGCAUUAUAUAUAUCACAGAGUGAUGCAAUUCAACGUCCCACUUUCAUUGAUCGUCUCAAUCAUUUGAUCAACAAACGUUCGACUGAAGCUAGUACUUGUCUUACCAACGCAUUUAAUGAUUACAAACAGGCUGUUCAAAGAGCGCUUCUAAAGCAUAAUACUGAUAUUCAGACAGAACUUCAAAAGCACAAUACUCAUCAGAGAGAACUUCGAAGGUACAAUCAUGCUCUUAAACAAGCACUUCAAAAGUACAAUACUACUAUUGAUGCUUGUAAUACUCCUCCUCCUCCUACUACUGCGGUUGCUUGUAUUAAUUCUGGUGCUUGUACUCGUGAUGCUGACUGUUGUGAUCGUAGGUGCACUACUAUUGAUCCUUCUCCUCCUAUUCCUCCUGCUGGUAGUUAUUAUAUCUGUGGUCCCCCUCGUAUUCCUUGUGAUGGUAAUAGUUAUUGUGUUUGUGGUGCUCCUGAUUCUCGCUGA